GGCACAGAGGCAGACAGAGCUGCGAGAGGCAGGAGAAUGUCUCCCACUGUGAGGUUCCUGAUCUGGCUGAUUCUUUACUUUCAGCAAGGUCAGGGAAAAUUUCAUUGUGAGAUCAUACAGAAAGGAUUAAUCAUUGUGGCCAUAGUGAAUGAGACAGUGAAAAUUCCAUGUGUGUUUAAAUGCCACCAUCAAGUUCACCCAAGCAACAUGUCUGCACCGCCAAACAAACCCGUUCAAUUCACCGUGAACCUGUACAAGGACAACACAAAACUUGUCGCCUCUUCAUCAGGAAAAGAAAUCUUACCCACUUUCAACAAUGGCUGGGAGCUGCGAGUGAAUAACACAGAGGAAAGUGGGAUGUAUUAUUGCCAAGGAGAAGCUGCUUCUAUCAACAUAAAGGCAGAAGGAAUGUUCCUGCGAGUACAAAAUGCAGUUAAUGUUUACGUGAAGUCUCCACAGAUGUUUAGCUAUCUCCUCGCUGGUAUUUGCGUCAUCCUGGCACUGUACUGUGUGUCUGUCACAUCGAUUGUCCUCAUCAAAAGGAAGACCUGUUACUCGUGUAGAACUCAUCUGAAGAAACCCACUGCUUCAGACGCUCAGCAGAAUUCUCCCACACACCAGGUGCCACAGUCUAAAUCUCAGGAAGAGAACCAAUCGCCUUGUGCAGCGGCAACAGAUACUGAUAAUGCAUACAUGGCUCUCCAAGCUCGCCAGAAAUCCGUUUACUGCACCCUUGACAGUGAGAGAACCAACACCCACGAUCACGCCGGAAAAAAUAAAUCACCAGUGGAAGCUGGAGCCGACGCUGAGGCUUACGACAGCGUUUAUGAGAGUUUCUGAAGACAGUUCCCACGAGAAAUGGAACAAGCACAGCCCCCAACCACCCUCGCCCCCAGCAGCGACCAUGACUCUCCAGUAUACCCUAUGGGGCAUUGCACACGCUGUGCCCCCAGUCACACCCUGAUAUUCCGACACUGGCACACAGGUUCCCUCCUCCAUCUCCGAAAGCGAUUGCCCACCUCUCUUAGGGGCAGAUAGAUUCCCCGGGGCAUAGGUGCAGUCAGAGACUCAUAGACAUUUACAGCACAGAAGGAGGCCAUUCAGCCCAUUGUGUCCACACAGGUCAACAAAGACCUGACUACACUAAUGCCAUUUUCUAGCACUUGGUCCAUAGCCCUGGAGGCUAUGGCAACAUGUUGGGGCUGCAGGGCAUGUUCCACUCACUUUCACAACCCAAUUCCAUUCAAAGUCUUCAUAUUUUAUUUUCAUAAAAUUAAAUUGACUGUAGAUGUACGGAGACACACAUAUACACGCAGAUAGACUUACACUUCCACACAAGGAGGCAAAGUGCAUACACACGCUUGCUCACACACAUAUCAUUUGCUGCCAUGCUUUCAGCUGCCUGGGCAACCCCCACUCUCUCUCCAAACCUGUCCUCUCCCCCAAUCUCUGCACCUCAUCCAAAAACCCAAUUCCUUAGCCAAGCCUUUAUUUCAAUGAUGCCUCUAGGAAGCUGUCAAUCCCAUGACCACUACCACCUAGAAGGACAAGGGCAGCAGACACAUGGGGAACAUCACCACCUGGAAUUCUCCUCCAAGUCACUCACCAUCCUGUCUUGGAAAUAUAUCACCGUUCCUUCACUGUCAC